ACAACCACCAUUACCACAAUGCCUGAUGCAUGGGACGAUGAUUGGGACAAGGUUGCCGAUACCUCGCUCAAGUCUGCACCAGUCCAACCUGCCGUCAAACUCUCUCGCGCCGAACGCAAGGCCCAGCAUCAAGAACUGAACAAGCAGUUAUGGGAUGCCGCCGAACAACCCGAACGUUCGUACUUCCUCGAAGCAAAGGGCGCCGCUCCUCUCGCAUCCGACUUCAAGCCUCAGGUCAAGCUCCUGACCCGCAGACCCACUCCACAAAUCGCAAACCGCAUGGCUGGCCUUGACCUACAAGACGAAGACGACAGCGAGGAAGAAGAGAGAAAGAGACAGGAGUCUUCGCUCGCCGAGAGGCAACGCAAGGCUGCUGAAGAACGCAAAGAGAAGGAGCGCAAAUACGCCGAAGUACGCGAACGUCUCUUCGGUUCCCCAGACUCGUUCAGAGAUCCAUCAGCCUCUCGCACAUCGUCCACUCGAGGAGACAGAACUUCGCGCAGAGGUAAUCGAGGCAGAGGAGGCCGCAAUGCCACGCCAAAAGACAGCCAGUCCAAUUCUCCUGCCGACCAGUCACCUGCGAGGUCCAUAUAUCAACCUACUCAACUCUUCGAUCCUACCUACGAGCAAAAACCCAGGAGUGUUGCCAGCCCAAGGCCUGCUGCUUCUAGAGACGAGCAGCCUGUUCGCCAACCUAGAGGUCCCGAAGGUCGUGGUGGUUUCGGCUUUGCUCCUCGUGGUGGCGCCAGAUCAGGGCCAUGA